AUGUCGAAAUACAGUGUGAUGGGCUACGAACCCGCACUAGUGCUGGUGGCCACGCUGAUGGCGAUAAUGGCCGUGUCCGUGGUCGCCGUGCCGGCCGCUCACCACCUGCACCACCACUCAGGAGGCCAUCAUCGGAUGAUGUCGAGCAGCGGCGCGGCCGGGUCGUCGUCGCCGUCAUUGUCGGGAAUCGACCAUCCGCUAAGCAAGCGAUCGUUCUUCGACAUUCAGUGCAAGGGCGUGUACGACAAGACGAUAUUCGCCCGACUGGACAGGGUGUGCGAGGACUGUUACAACCUGUUCCGGGAACCACAGCUCCACUCACUGUGCAGGAAAAAUUGCUUCACGACAGAUUUUUUCAAAGGAUGUCUGGACGUGCUCCUGCUUGAAGACGAAGUGGAAAAAAUACAGAAGUGGAUUAAACAGUUGCACGGGGCUGAUCCUGUCGGGGUUGGGGCUUAGAUCUUCAUGCUUUAACACGGUAUACUUUAAGGCUUGUUUGGAGUCUCUUCAAAUAUUAACGGACGAGACUCAAUACAACCAGAUGGUCGAGUUUUUGGGGAAGAAAUAAAAUAUAUAAUAAUACAAUACAGUAUAUGUACUCCCCUACAUAUAUUUUAUUUAUUUUUGGUUAUUUAUUUAUAAACCAGACAUUGGCCGUCAAAAACCUAUUCUAGUCUAUUCAGAGAAAGCAACAGCAUUACAUACAAAAUAAUAUCGAAGAAAUAUGUUUACUUUCCCUAGAUGAAUUUUUCUAAUUUAUUAAAUAGAUCAUAAGAUUUUGUUUUUAAUUUUUGUUUAUAAAACUUAUUUAAUUGUUUGU